AUAUAAGGGCGUGGCCCCUUGUAGAGUCCAUUGCUGCUGCAACAGUUUAGGCUUCGUUCAACAGCCGUGUGUGCUGGGACUACAACAGGUCGAGACCUACGUUUGGCAGUUGACGAACUACCAAUUUGAUAUCGGAAGAGGGAGACCCGUGUGAGGGUUGACAAUGUCCCAGAAGGACUUGAAAGAGUACAAGCUGGUGGUGGUAGGAGGCGGUGGAGUGGGCAAAUCGGCACUGACCAUCCAGUUUAUACAGUCGCACUUUGUAGAGGAAUAUGACCCAACGAUAGAAGACAGUUACCGUAAACAGUGUGUUAUUGACGAAGAAGUAGCAGUUUUGGACAUUCUAGACACGGCAGGACAAGAGGAAUUCAGUGCUAUGAGAGAGCAGUACAUGCGAACGGGUGAGGGAUUUCUAUUGGUGUUUUCAAUAACGGACAGAAACAGCUUUAAUGAAGUACUGAGAUUUCAUAAACAAAUCUUGAGAGUGAAGGACCGUGAUGAGUUUCCUAUGAUCCUCGUUGGUAAUAAGUCUGACCUGGAGAUGGAACGGACAGUCAAUGCUCAGGAGGGUGGAGAUAUGGCCAAGCAACUGAAAAUGCCAUAUCUGGAAACAAGUGCUAAGCUGAAAAUCAAUGUAGACAAAUGUUUUCAGGAUCUUGUACGUGCAAUCAGAGUCUUUAACAAGCCUCUUCCCACUCUCAAGAAGAAGAAAAAGAAGAAAUUGUGUGUUUGUAUGUGACAUACGUUGUAUUUAAUUUAUCAAGCUAGGAAACAGUCUGAGCAAAUGAUUGCGAUCAUUGGUUUGAUUUGAAUUAUGUGCACUGUUUGUAACACAUCUAGUUGUAUGAUGUGUCAGAUUCGUAGAUGCUGUCAAUAUGGUUCUUUCGUCUGCAGUUUGCUGUAGAUUUGUACAA